UCUCUCUCUCUCUCUCUCUCUCUCUCUCUCCUAUCUUUUAUCCACGUUUAUCUCCAUUUAUUCAUUUAUCAUUAUCUUACUACAACCACCAUCUUUAUUCAUCUUAAUCCACCCCCGUUUUCCUCCAUACAGCGGAAGACUCGGCCUGGUAUUGUUGACAGCAAUAACGGUGCUUGUUCUCAAUACUAUGACUUUACUUCCGGUUCGGCCACGUAACGAUUGCGAUGCAGACUACAUACAACAGAUCUUGAGAGGGCCGCCACCCCAAGACGACCCUCAGCUGGUGAAGUGGGUCAAGAGCCAGCUGGUGGCGCCCUCUCGCCUCCCCUACAACCUCUCCUUCACUAUGUCCGGGAUGCAUAAGGAGACAGAGCUCAAGGGGGACAAAGCUGUGAUCAGCCCCUCGCAGGAGUUUAUUCUCGAAUAUGUUGAGGACAUGUUUGGCGACGAGCUGGUAUACCCUCGUCUGUUCCUCGAGGCUGGUGCUUACGACGGGGAAUUCCUCUCCAACACGCUGAACCUCGAGUAUGAGUUCAAGUGGCAAGGGAUCCUGGUGGAGGCUAACCCCGUUUUCUUCGAGCGACUCCUUAAGAAACACAGGAAGUCUUGGGCCAUUAACGCGUGUCUUAAUACCAAGCCCUAUCCAUCCCGGGAGGCCUUCAUGAUGGGCGCCGAGGACCCAAAGGACGUGAACAACAACCUAUACGGCGAAAUCUUUCCCGAAAUCGAGCAUCACAUCAGCCUCGGGUCGUCGCGUCUCGCCCAGUUCGACGACAAUGUCACGCAGAUGGAAGGCAGGACGGAGGUACAGUGCAUACCCCUCUACACCAUAGUCAGGGCCAUGGGCAUCACACACAUCGAUUUCUUGUCGCUAGAUGUAGAGGGGGCCGAACUUGGCAUUCUAGACACAGUGCCUUGGGAUAAACUCUCGUUCACGGUGAUGGCCAUUGAAUCGAAACAUCCAAAUCAGCUGAUCCCAUUUCUAGACGAGAAGGGCUACCAGCACAUUAAAAGCCGGGAAGCUGACCACAUCUUUAUCUCGAAGAAGAAUCUGGGGGAGAAAAAGACGAGAUGAUGCUGAAGAAGAAAUAUACAUGUAUAUUUAUGUCGUCUUUGUAGAAAAUAUUUUUUUCUUAGGAGAAUUAUUAUUAUUUCUUUUGGAUUGGUUGACUUUUGAGUUGUGCGAAAAAGGAUAUAGACGCAGUCGUGGAGACAUAAUACUUGUGUAAGUAAAUAAAAAUUAGAUGCUAACAUUUCAUGUUCUAGAUACCAGCCAGGAUUCUGUUCUCUCUCUCUCUCUCUCUCUCUCUCUCUCUCUUUCUUUUUCUCUCUCUCUCUCGUCCAAAAGAGCAAAUUAUGCCAUUUUUCACUACUCUUCAAAAUAAUUUUCCCGCCUUUGGAACAUAGUCACUACAAGAAAACAUGGUCGUGUCAAUAGGGAGCAUUAUUCUAUAUAUUCACGUAAUGACAUUUUCUCUGUGACUACUAUUCUUUUAUAUGAAUUUUGGAGUGAAGAGAAAAUCUAGAAUCUUCGGUUUUGCUAAACCAGCUGCGCUUUUUUUGCCUUCAUUUUUUCCUCUUGUUUUUUUCUCCAAUUAUCUUCUCCGCCUUUAAGGUAAUUCAAUUAUGACGCAAACACCUUUAAACUCUGCUUGUGGCUGUCUAUCUCUGUCUCUACCUCGUUCUCUCUUUCUCUUUCUCUCUCUCUCUCUCUCUCUCUCUCUCUCUCUCUC